AUGGAGGGUUGGGACCCUAAUACCAAAUCAACCCUAACUCAGAUCCCAUUGCUCUCCACAAAGGCUGGUCCUCGCGACGGAGCGGCGUGGACGCAGAGGCUGAAGGAGGAGUACAAGGCGUUGAUCGCCUACACGUCGAUGAACAAGUCCAGAGACAACGAUUGGUUUAGAAUAUCUGCCGCAAACCCAGAGGGCACGCGCUGGACCGGCAAGUGUUGGUACGUUCAUAACCUACUCAAGUACGAGUUCGACCUCCAAUUCGACAUUCCGGUGACGUACCCGGCUACUGCUCCGGAACUUGAAUUGCCUCAGCUAGAUGGAAAGACUCAGAAGAUGUAUAGAGGAGGGAAGAUUUGUUUGACAGUGCACUUCAAGCCACUGUGGGCGAAGAAUUGGUAUGAUUGA